UAAAGACGGUGGGCUGGCUACGGAACUACGACAUUUGUAGAGCGCGUGAUGCAGCCAUGAUGCUGCCUAAAGAAGACGAUUAUUUCACCACCGGCAGGACAGCGGUGUUCUGUCUGAAGUUCGUCUAGGAAUAAUUGUUGCUUCCGGUGCUUAUACAGGAUAUAACUUGCUCGCAUCUGUGGCCCCGUGACUCCUCCGUUUUUGAGUAUAGUGAUGGCUAUGGGGUCUGCGGUGCCACUGGCGAAACCAUAAUGACGGAGGAGCGUCAGCUUAUUUUCCACGUUCCUCAGGAUGAGCUCGUCAUACCAUCUUGUUCAGCAGUGGUGCCUGAAAGGGCCUUGAUCCCUAAAUGCUCACAGCACGGGCGAGGACGUCGGGUGGAGGAUGAAGUGGCUAUUGUCAACGAACCACAUGAGGAAGCAGCGACGCCGCAGCAUAGCUUCGGAGGCGCUUCCAAUGAGGUACGCGCCAUAACCUUCCUGUUAAUCACAGUCACGUGUGUUCUUCUUUUUGGAUCCAUGAUAAUGACGGAUAUCAACAACCGUACUACUGAGAGGGAUGAUUCAUACAAUGAGACAGAGAUCGGUCCCGAUGUAAAACCGACGGAAAUGCUGCCGCCGAAGAGAACCAGGCAUGGCGGUCGAAGCCAAGGGGGCAAGCGCCGUCCUACUCGCAAAGGGAAGCACACCUUGCACGAGCUACUCCGGGGUUCAAAAUGUUCCACUAAGGCGUGCCUAAAACAAGGCAUCAAGGUGAUCGAAGAAACUGAGCCUGCCGUGAAACCUUGCGACGACUUCUACCAGCACGUGUGCUCCAGGUGGCAGCAACAGCAACCUGCAGGACAACGUGAAGAUCGGAUAUCUGCAGACUACGUUCUUCUAGACCUUUUCAGCAAGUUAUUCGUGAGCGUGCUCAAGUCUGACAAUGCCACAUUCCAGCAACAACGUUUUUUCUACGACGAAUGCCUGCGACCGCAGCCCAAUUUGUUCCGAAACGUCAAGGAAACGUUGUUACGGCACCUCGAUCUUAAAGGGUGGCCCUAUACUGAUGAUUCAACCAUCCCCGAUGCUGACCUAAAUGCCAAAGUGGCGUCCCUCUUUUCUGAGCUAGGUCUGGAGACAUUCUUUUCGGUUAGAAGAGGACGCAGGGGAUUGCAACUUGGUCAACCGAAUAAUCUGAUCCUCCGUCACUUUACCGAAUCUGAACCGCACCUGGCGAGUCGAUGGCUGGACAAGGCGUACGACAUGCUGCUCGAAACUCUUCCCAAGAAACGGUUACUCCCGAAAGGAUCUGCCACAAACGUUACUGCCAUGGAGCUGCAACUACGUAAGAUACUGGAACCUGCACAAUCAAUUUUGGAUGUAGGAAGACUUGACAACUGCACUGUAACACAAAUGGCGGACCUUCCGCAUGCUGGAUACUUCGACUUGCACCAGUUUAUUCAGGUGGCUACAGGUGGCAAGGCGGCAAUCUCUGAGUCUUCCAGCGUGCAGCUCUCAUCUACACGAUACCUUGAUAAGCUCGGAGCUUUUCCAGCCACAAAGCACGAUAUACUGAACUAUGUGGCCUUUCGCGUUAUGUUGGAUCUCAGUCCACUUUUAAGCAACUCAUCCGUGAGGGCCGAACUAGCAUCAAUCGCCUACUCACGAUACCCAGAAUUUGCAGAGAGGCUGACGCCUUCUGAGAUGUGUAUCCGCUUUCUAGAGCGAUACGAACCAGUCCUGCCCACCUACGUAACGUACAAGCGUGGUCUAGAAAUGCUCGGAGGUGAUUCAGUCGUGAGGGAGAUCCUAGACUCACUUAAGGCGUCGUUUUUUACGGAACUGCAAAAUCUCAGUGGGUUCUCUUCGGCAUUCAAGCGCCACGUCUCCGUGAGGUUGCGAGAAGUUCCGUGGGAAGCCUUGAUGCCUCGUUGGCUAACCGAGAAGAACGCCAGGGAUGCGUACGCAGAUGGCAUAUACAUCAACAACCCUCGUCAUCCUGUGCCUCAUUAUUUCUACUUCUGGUUGCGAACUUCAGCGCUGAAAAGACGGCAGAUGCUGUUCACACAGCCAACAGCCUGGUCUGGUGGUUUUCUUAGCACGAGUGCCACUCUGGCGCCACCCUAUCGCCAGUUGGAGAUACCCCUCCCAGUGUUCGAUUUCUUAAUGUCAAACGACUCUUCUGUGGCUCACCUGCAAAUCCCUCGUGUAGGACCGAGGGUGUACCGAGAGCUGUUUCGCUUCAUGUAUCAUGAAGCCAUCAACUUCGACCUGGAGCGUCAAGUGCACGACGACGUUCGCUAUCUGUCGAACCUCAGGCAGUGCUUGGAGAGGCAAUACAGAGAAUUGGACUUCAAUCCGACUAGGGCUCCAUUGAACUCCGUGAAGACGUCAGCCUCGGACAUUUUGGAUUUGCUAGCCCUGCAGGCGGCGUUUGCAGCGUACGUGCGCAAGCUGUCUGGAAAUGAUGGCGACUACCGCUUGGCCAGUGCUCCUAACCUUAGCGGUCAGCGCCUUUUCUUCAUCUACUAUGCCCGCAGCAUGUGCGAGAAAGCCAAUCCGAGGUUCCUCGUGAAGCUUAUGACGAACGGUCCUACGAGUCCUGCUUGGUUCAGGGUAAAUGGUCCAUUAAGAAAUAUCCGGGAGUUUGCCCAAGCAUUCUCCUGUGCGCAGGGCACCCCAAUGAACCCCUCACAUAAAUGCAUAUGAUAACCAAGAAAUGUAUGCUCGGCGACGUGCAUCUGAUUAAUAUUUUCUGAAACAUCCAAUAGCACAGAAAGAUAACGCGAAACAAUAAAUGGAUAACAAAUGAAACUGGAUAAAUGAAUAACUGCGCAAGAAUAAAUAUAUUUACGC